UGGCGGCUGCGGCUUUCCGUACUUACCGGCUGCAGCGGGCCGGUCUGGCUGGUGCUGUGUUAGAGAUUGAGCUGAGUUCAGGUUAAACAGCGCGUUCUGAUAUAAUUCAGUCCGCGGGUUGAAUCAGCAAUGGACUAAAGUUUUACUGAGGGUCUGUCCGCUGGAACAAGGAGGAUCUGUUCACCGGGGAUCCGGAGAAAACUCGGCCGUCCGGUUUGUCCUACAGCGCGGGCAGUGCAGGCCCGCCUCUCCGGCGGAGCGCCGCUAGCUCUGAUAGCUUAGCUUAGCAUAGCUCAGUUACAUGUGUGCAGAGCUGUAACCCUGAAGCGGUUUAAGGAUGAGGAAGGACGUGCGGAUUUUACUGGUCGGGGAACCGAAAGUGGGGAAGACCUCACUGAUCAUGUCCCUGGUCAGUGAAGAAUUCCCUGAUGAGGUUCCUCUUCGUGCUGAGGAAAUCACAAUUCCUGCUGAUGUCACCCCUGAGAGAGUGCCUACACACAUAGUGGACUACUCAGAAGCAGAGCAGUCCGAUGAACAGCUGUAUCAAGAAAUCUCUAAGGCAAAUGUUAUAUGUAUAGUGUAUUCGGUAAACAACAAGAAAUCAAUUGAGAAGGUGACGAGCCACUGGAUUCCCCUCAUCAAUGACAGGACAGACAAAGACAGCAGGGUGCCUCUGAUUCUGGUGGGAAAUAAGUCAGAUCUGGUGGAGCAUAGCAGCAUGGAGACGAUUCUACCAAUUAUGAACCAGUACUCAGAAAUAGAGACUUGUGUAGAGUGUUCUGCAAAGAACUUGAAGAAUAUCUCAGAGCUGUUCUACUAUGCCCAGAAAGCGGUUCUACACCCUACAGGACCUCUCUACUGCCCAGAGGAGAAGGAGAUGAAGCCAUCGUGUAUCAAAGCACUCACUCGCAUCUUCAAAAUAUCAGACUUGGACAAUGAUGGCGUCCUGAAUGACAAUGAGCUCAAUUUUUUCCAAAGGACCUGCUUUAACAUGCCGCUGGCUCCACAAGCCCUGGAGGACGUGAAAAAUGUGGUGCGGCGGAACAUGACGGAUGGUGUGAAGGACAAUGGUCUCACUCUUAAAGGUUUCUUGUUCCUGCACACUCUGUUCAUCCAAAGAGGAAGGCAUGAGACCACGUGGACCGUGCUCCGCAGGUUUGGCUAUGAUGAUGAUCUAGAGCUGACCCAGGAAUACCUGUUUCCACUGUUAAAAAUACCUCCUGACUGCACAACUGAGCUGAACCACAAUGCUUACCUCUUCCUGCAAAGUGUGUUUGACAAGCACGAUAAGGACCGAGACUGUGCGCUGUCACCUGAUGAGCUGAAGGAUCUGUUUAAAGUCUUCCCCUAUAUGCCCUGGGGUCCCGACGUCAACAACACAGUGUGCACAAAUGAGCAGGGCUGGAUCACCUAUCAGGGCUACCUGUCCCAGUGGACGCUUACGACGUAUCUGGAUGUGCAGCGCUGUCUGGAGUACCUGGGUUACCUGGGUUAUUCUAUCAUUCAUGAACAGGAAUCACAGGCUGCUGCCAUCACAGUCACCAGGAACAAGCGUAUUGACCUGCAGAAGAAGCAGACCCAGCGCAGCGUGUUCCGCUGUAAUGUUCUGGGAGCGCGAGGCAGCGGAAAGAGUGGCUUCCUGCAGGCGUUCCUGGGGAGGAACGUAACUCGACAAAAGAAAAUUAGAGACGACCACAAGUCCUACUACGCCAUCAGCACCACAUACGUCUACGGGCAGGAGAAGUACUUACUGCUGCAUGAGGUUCUUCCAGUCUUUGAGGUCCUGUCAGAGGCUGAUCUGGCCUGUGAUGUUGUCUGCCUUGUUUAUGACAUCAGCAACCCCCGCUCGUUUGAGUACUGCGCAAAGGCCUAUAAGAAAUACUUUAUGGACAGCAAGACACCGUGUAUGAUGAUUGCGGCCAAGUCAGACCUGCAUGAGGUCAGGCAGCACUACAGCCUGUCCCCACUGGACUUCUGCAGGAGGCACAAGCUGCACCCGCCCCAGCAGUUCACCUGCAACUCCGCCGACGCUCCCAGCAAAGACAUCUACACCAAACUCACCACCAUGGCCAUGUAUCCCCAUGUCAAGUUCCGCUGCAUGUGUUCCUGCAACAGGUGCACCUUUUGCAUCUGUCAGAACCUGCUGAACUGUGAGCUCCUGCGCACUGUCAGGGCCAAAUUCUGCAGUGCCGUUCUGAACAGGUUGGGGCCCUGGGUAGAUGAGGUGGGUGCGUAUCUUUUGGCCGAUGAGGAGACGAGCCUCAUCCAUCAGGUGCACGAAGUCACGUUUGUAGAGGACUCAAUCUACAUGGAGUCAUCAGUCGACCCCUUUGUGCCCAGACACAUGACCCAGACAGACCUGAAGAACUCCACGUUUUGGCUGAGAGCCAGUGUAGGAGCUACUGUAUUUGCAGUGUUGGGCUUCGCCAUGUACAAAGCUCUCCUGAAGCAGCGGUGAUCCAGCCAGCAUGCUCCUCCCACCCUCUGUUCCUCUUAUAAAAAACCCACCUUCCCUUUGGCCAUCCCUAGCGACCCCCUUCUUUUGAGAGAUUAUAUUAUAUAUAUAUAUAUAUAGCAUAUUGAUAGAUAGCUGCAUUUUAUAUAUUUGAAACUUAAUGCAUCCUCCUUUCUUCAACCACGUUUCUCCCUGGAGUUUGAUUUCAAGCUGUGCUCUUGCUUCCACCACAUGGUGUGUUUGGCGUUGCUAGAGGUCUUUUAAUAUACGACAGUAAAAAUCACUGAUACAUACAUUCUCAGGUCAGUAUUAGUUGACUUUAGAGCUGGGCAAUAUGGUAAAAAAAAUAUUGGAUCACAGUAUUUGAAAUAAAAUUCACUGUACAUAAUAAUGAUUGUCAUAUUUUCACACACAGACAAAAUCAUAAACAGUGGCAAGUUCUUAUAAAAACAUUUAUUAAAUACUUCAGUUAUUUAAAGUAUCAGUCCCUAAAUGUAUUGAGUUUGGUGCAUUUUUGGUACAAAAUGUUCUAAUUAAUGGUAUCAGUGUCCCUGGCAUGACCAUCCCUCCAAAUAUAUUUCAUUUAUAGUCAUCUCGAAGGUUUAUUGGAUUUAGUUGAUUUUCUAUAUUUGAUAGUAUUCCAUAAAUGAACAAAACAAAAUUACUCAAACUCAACAUUCCAUACAGCAAUAUAUCACUCUGCAUUACAGAUACACCUACACAUGUUCUGUACAGUUAUAUACACACUCACAGAGGUUUUAAUCACCACAUUCCCCAACUUUAUGGAUUGUUGCUUUAAAUCCAGUGAUUUUAAUUCAGAAUGUGCUAAUGCAUUCUAUAAUCAAAUGGUGCUGUUGAUCUUUUUUUUAAGCUUUCAUGAAACCAUGAUAUACCGAGUUGUGUAUCGUAAUAACAAAAGUAUCACAACCCGAUAAAAAAAUCUUAUAUUGCCCAGCUCUAGGUGAUGUGACCCAUAUUAGAUGGUCAAGGCAGAGUCAUGGAGUUGAACGAAAAGGGACGGACCUUGUUUAUAAUUGUAAAUAUUGCCUGGGUUCCCUACAUAUGCGAUGAACAAAAGCUGGUGCAGAACUUGCGCACCUGUCUCAUGGGAGGAGCCCUGAAACAAAGCCAUUUCUCAUUUGUAAAGUUCAUUAUUCUCUGAGCAAGUACAGCUCAGCUGUAUUAAUUUAUUAACCAGAUGUUAGUCAGUCAGAAUGGUUGACGCUGCAUGAACAGGCACACUACAAGGGAUUUUUAAUGAAAAGGUUUGUUUUUAUAUUUAUGAUUUUGCCCAUGACCCUGGCAGACACUGUGCAGAGAAGUCUGGCUGCCCGCUCGCCGCCCUGCUGGCAAAAUAACAUAACAAAGAUCCUGGGCCUGGAUUCUGCGGUCAGGUGGUCAGUGGGACACGGUCUCUAUGAGAACUGUCAGUAAGCUCAAUAUGAAAUAUUUGCUGAUGCAGAUGACUGAUGCCCCACUUGGGUUUGUCUUUUGUUUAGUCUCAUCUGGCCUCAUUUGUUACAGUCACAAAACUGUUGUACUCAUUUCUGACCUUUCAAACAUUUACAAUAAACUACUGUGUGAUUCAA